GAUGAUGUGAGGCAGAAAGUGCACCUAAAUACCUUUGGCUUCUUCAAGGAUGGUUUCAUGAAAGUCAGUGUCAGCAACCUUUCGUUGAAGCCACCUGUGGGCUCUGAUGACAAGAGCAGCUUAUCAGUGGGGUUCAGUUUGGAUCGAACAAGGAAUGAUGGGUUCUCUACUUACCUGGAUGAAGAAGUGGAUUACUGUAUCUUGAAAAAGAAACCAGAGCCAGAUGUCUCUGUUGUGAUCUUGCUUCUGGACUUCAAAACUCAAGUUGUGAAGGUACGGUUCUCUGCAGAAGCUGCUUCUCUGUUACCCAAAAUUUCAUUCGUGUCUGAGGAAAAUGUUACUACCUUAAGUACCAAGCCGCUAAAGUCUUCCGAACAGAGCAGUGAUUCUGGUAAAGAUCCUGCAGAGACCAACCAAAAAGAUAAGAAGUCCAAACGAAGUACAACAACCUCCCAGAGCAUAGUAGAACAAGAACACCAUGUUCACAAUGACAAAGGAACUUUUUCAUUUCAGUUCUUUUUUAACAUCAGCUCUCAUAACCAAGAAGGUCUCUACAGCCUAUAUUUCCAUAAAUGUGUUGGCAGUGAUGGGCCGGCUAAUGAUCAGCAGCUAUUUAGUCUUGAUAUAGAAAUUACGGAAAAGAAUCCUGAAAGCUACCUUUCAGCGGGUGAGAUCCCACUGCCAAAACUUUACAUUUCCAUGGCUAUGUUCUUCUUCCUAUCUGGGACUGUGUGGAUCCACAUACUUCGUAAACGCAGAAAUGAUGUCUUUAAGAUUCACUGGCUAAUGGCAGCCCUCCCUUUCACAAAAUCUCUGUCCUUAGUCUUCCAUGCGAUCGACUAUCACUACAUUUCUUUUCAGGGAUUUCCUAUUGAAGGCUGGGCUGUUGUUUAUUACAUCACUCACCUACUGAAGGGUGCUCUUCUGUUCAUCACUAUUGCCCUUAUUGGCACAGGUUGGGCUUUCAUUAAACACAUCCUGUCAGAUAAAGACAAAAAAAUUUUCAUGAUUGUCAUACCACUUCAGGUAUUGGCAAACGUGGCAUAUAUUAUCAUAGAGUCAACAGAAGAGGGGACAACUGAAUACGGACUGUGGAAAGAAAUCCUCUUCCUGGUAGACUUGCUAUGUUGCGGAGCCAUCCUAUUUCCAGUGGUAUGGUCAAUAAGACAUUUACAGGAGGCUUCAGCAACAGAUGGGAAAGCUGCCAUUAACCUAGCAAAGCUGAAGCUUUUCAGACAUUACUAUGUUAUGAUUGUGUGUUACAUUUACUUCACACAGAUCAUUGCAAUUCUCAUAAAGAUUGCUGUUCCGUUCCAGUGGAAAUGGCUGUACCAG